AUGGGCAAGGUGGUGGCUCUGAAGAAGAGCAGGGACAGGUUGCUGGCCCAGCUCGACCGGCAGAGCGCCGAGGGAGAGCAGGCGGCGCUUGAGGUCAAGCUUUUAGGGGAGCAGCUGGCCGAGGCGCGCGACCAGGCAGCGCGCUGGGAGGCGCAGGCGCAGGACGGGCUCUCAACGAUAUCGCGCCUCAAAGACUGCCUCGAAGACGGCGCCGCCUGGGGCGGCGAGGGCGGCACAACGGCAGAGGAGGGCGGUGGUCCACCACAAGCAGACGAGUCGGCCGAGGCGCGGGCGGCACGUCUGCAGGGGGAGGUCGUGUCCGGCCAGGCGCGCGCCGCGGCGCUCGACCUGCGCUCGCGCGCGCUCGCAGCCGAGGUGCUGCGCGCGCACGCCGCGCGGGCGGCGCUGGGGCGGGCGCUGGUGCCGCUGCUGAGCGGGGUGGAGGCGCGGCUGCUGGCGGCCAGGGAGGCGGCGGCGCUGGCGCGGUAG